AUGGAGAUAAUCUUGCUGGAAGUACAUGUAGACAAUCUUGCUGGAAGUGUUAAGCAUCCACACCAUACAGAUCUACCAGAUACUCACAAAUUCGCAGCAUACGUUGCAUUGAAAUUACUGAGCAAAGAUAGACCAAUUGUCAAGAAAGACAAAGAACAUCUAGCUGAGAUCCUCAAAACAAGUCUCAGAACCGUCGAAAAGAUAUGGAAACAAGCAAAAGAACAAGAGAGGAAAGGGGAAGAGGUUGAUCUUUCCAAUAAAAGGAAGGGGAAAUGUGGAAGAAAGAGGAAAGAACUUGGUCUUGAAAGAAUACCUUCAAUUCCUCUGAACAAAAGGUCCACAUUGAGGGCACUGGCAAGGGAGCUACAGGUACCCUAUUCUACACUGCAAAAAAGAUUUAAAUGGGGCAAAAUCAGGCGCCACAAAAGCAGCCUCAAGCCAUUUCUGAAACCAGAAAACAAGAUAGCAAGGCUCAAGUUCUGCAUUGACAUGAUUGAUAAAACAACUACAGCAGAUGCAGAUCCAUCCUUCAUCAAUAUGCAGAACAUAGUCCAUAUAGACGAGAAAUGGUUUGACAUGACCAAGAAAAGGCGAACCUACUACCUCCUUCCAGAAGAACCAAAUCCAGUGCGCACAGUUCAAAACAAGAACAGUAUCGGCAAGAUAAUGUUCUUAACUGCAGUUGCCAAACCCAGAUAUGAUGCUCAAGGGAAUGUAACAUUUGAUGGGAAGAUUGGUGUCUGGGCAUUCGUCAAGGAAACACCAGCAAAAAACAACUCGAAGAACAGGCUCAAAGGAACUAUUGAACUAAAGUCGGUCAUUGUUACUAGAAAUGUCAUGAGGGAAUACCUUUGUGAAAAGGUCAUUCCAGCUAUUCAAGACCAAUGGCCGCCUGGCGAUGUUGGGACCAUCUACAUCCAACAAGACAAUGCUCGAACACAUGUCCUUCCAACUGAUGCUUCUUUCCUACAAGCCGUGGCAGAAUCAGGCCUUGAUAUCAAGUUGCUGCAGCAGCCUCCAAAUUCACCAGACAUGAACGUCCUUGAUCUUUGCUUCUUCGCUUCGAUUCAGUCCCUCACGCUUUGCUAUGCACCUAACACUCUCAAGGAACUGAUAGAGUCUGUCGAACAUGCUUAUGAUGCCUAUGAAGUGGAUAAGCUAGCGAAAGUGUUUAUAACCCUACAGACUUGCAUGAUUCAGGUCAUGGAAUUUGAAGGAGAAUUCCAUUACGAUAUAACGCACAUGGGCAAAGAUAAGUUGCUAAAGGAGAAAAAGUUGCCUAUGACUCUAACAGUUAAGGGCGAACUUUAUCGGAAAACCUUGGAGCUAAUAGCUGGCCACUAA